AUGAAGAUGAUCGGAGAAGCCUACUGGCCAGACUCAGGUCUAGGCACAAAAGCCGCCCUCGCGGUAACGGGCGAACCAAUGCACCCCUUGACCAGAACAGUCCUCUCCCCUGUGACAUCCUCCUUCGACGACAUUACCGGCCCAGAGCGCGAGAAGACCGCCAGCGAGAUUUUUUUCCGCCGCUCGCACAUCGACGUGGUGCUUGCACCAUGCUUCGUCGGUCCGGCGAGCAAGCAUGACACAGCGUAUUAUUGGAAUUAUCCUGCGCUCUGGAACUGGGUGGAUUACCCGGCCGUUGUGUUGCCGACGCCUAUGAAAGUCAAGGCGAGUCGGGAGCAGGUUUAUGCGAAGGACUAUGAGCCGCUAAGUGAGAAGUGUAGGCAUGUUAAGGAGAUGUGGGAGGAGGGUGGGUUUGAGGGUGCGCCGAUAAAUGUGCAGGUUGUUGGGAGGAGGUCUCACGAUAAUGAGUUGUUUGGAGUGUUGGGGGAGAUGCAGAGGGUUUGUGAGUUUAGGGUGGAUUGCAAGAGUGGAUAG